GUUACGUCUCUGAGCACACUUGCCACAAACGUUGUUCGAUGUUCCAGUGACUCGCCAUAAUCUAUUAGCUCUCUCGCAUGAACUCUCGCCCUCGUCACCCUCGCUGGAAACGCAUGAUCCUUACGAAGAAAUCCUCAAUUCCUUCCAUAUCUCUGGUCUUUGGAGAAGCACAGCAGGUUUCGUCGUCCCAAACCGCAGCAGAGAAGCUACCUCAGAUUUUGCGCAAAGCUAAUCCCAAUCCCACCUUAAGCUCAAUGGCAAAGGAUCAGUCAGAGCAAUCUUUAGAAGAGAUGCCAGUCUCAGCUCCUUUUAACCAGCCCACCAAUGCCCACGAAACAGAGCAACUUGAAGCGUCGACCACUCAUGCUCAAUGUACCUCACCAUUGGUAGUAGAAGGUACUCUUUCAUAUCUUCAUGCUUUCCCGCUUCUGAAUGUGGCAUAUCAUCUUCAGGUUCACAAUCUAUUUCUACGCCUGGACCGCCUGACCAGAACGCAACGUCGCUCGUACAGUCAGGUCCAGCCGUGAUCUCCGUAGAUCUAACAGCAUCUGCUCCGUCUAACCCUAUCCCUCCUCCCGAUACAUCCGUUGCAACUUCGUAUCAAAAGUCUUCUUGGUUCGCCUCGUGGACCCGAGCAAAAGUGGAACAAUCCCCUGAAUCUGGCAUCGAGACGACCGGUCUCACGACCCUGGUACAGGCAUUCGCGAAGGGAUCGUCGAUAUCAUCGGAAACCCCGCAUUCACAACCCCCCGCCAUUCCUUCAAUUCCGCAUCAACUACCUAUUCUCAAUAUACCUGGAGAUGCCGGACAAAGCACUCCAACCUCAACCCUUCCACAAGAUAUACCUACGAAAUCACGUUCAAACGAUCUACCCACCCCUUCUCCCAGUUCGGCAUCAUAUCCGUUUUCUUCGUCGCCGGCAGGUCAUCACUCGCGACCCGGCACUGCCUCCAUACUCUCGCCGCUGGACGAGAACGUGCCUAAACUUUCGCCCGCUAAGCUGUCUCCAGCGACUCCGUCGGCUAUUUUGCAAAGCGGCGAUGCAUCACAAUCCAAUUUGACGCUCAAUCAAUCUACUAGCCGGUUUACACUGAGCAUUCCUUUACUCGGACGACCAAAGCUCCCUCUUGAACAGACUGUUGCUGCAGCUCAGCGUGAUGACAUCAGAACUAUGGUAUUACCAGCAGAGUCAUCUGCGUCUUGCAAGCAACAUUCAGCUGCGAAAGGUCUGUUACGACCCUCCACGCGCAAUUAGCGGGAUUACUGAACAUAUUGUUUGAUAGAGUCCGUACCGUUCGCUGCUGAGAAACCUUCUGCUCCGGUCGUAGAGGUGACCGAGGUGAAUACCACGGCAGAUACUAUAGCUCAGCCUG